AUGCAUCUUAUGUUCACUGAAGACAAGGACGGCAAGCGUAUCUACACUCUCAAGAAGAAGACCGUCGAGGGUGUCAUCACAAGGUCGGCUCACCCUGCCCGCUUCUCGCCUGACGACAAGUUCUCUCGACACCGCGUCACUAUCAAGAAGCGCUUCGGCAUCCUCCCCACUCAGCUCCCAGCAAAGCCCAUGUAA